AUGUUUUCGCUUUUAAUUAAUCUACUUGUGGUCGUUGUAGCCUUCAUCGUGAUUCAUGCAAAUGAAGCUAUGGCUGCAUAUGUGCCACCUUACACUUCCAUGGUUGUUCCAGUUAACAAACAUACAGAUGCUGCUAAGCAUCUGUAUAGUGUUCAGAUCAUGACUUCAUACGUAAACAUGCAAUUCCUACACUCAAACUUUCUUAUAGACAUCGAUGCUCCUUUCAUAUGGCAUGAAUGCAUCCUGGAAUGGAACAUGUACCGUCCAGACAGUUGCCCUGCCGACACCCUUUGCACCUCUCCUGUUUCUUGUGAGGAAUAUCAGUGUACGGAUGUACGGACUUCUUAUGCCUAUGAAAAUCCUUUUUGCCCUCAACCAACCAACAGUUCGACAUUACCAGGUUGGGGAUUCUGUACUUGCCCCGUCAAUGUAGUUAACCCCGUUACAGGGGCAUGUGACCAGGCUCUCCUCAACUAUGACGCUUACUUUUUCAAUACAAGUGAUGGUAGAAUUCCAUUUGAUGGUUUCUUUGGUGGGUACCCUAAUGCUGCAUGUGUCCCUCCCUCGUCGUUAAAAUCAUUUCCAGCAAAUGUUACAGGUGUCAUGGCGUUUUCUACCUCACAGUAUGCCUUACCGGAAUACUUAUAUCAACCGCUUAAAAAGUCAUUUUCUAUAUGUUUGCCUAGUACCUCCUCUGCUCACGGGGUUCUGUUCUAUGGAACCGGUCCUUAUUAUCUUCUUCCCCAGUCAAAUGUUGACCUAAGGAGUUAUCUUUCCUAUACUCCUUUACUGAAGCAUCCAGAUUCUUUUGGAUAUUAUAUUGGUGUCAAUGCCAUUGUUAUUAAAAAGAGAUCUAUCAACAUUCCUGCAAACGCAGCUACCAAACUUAGUACAAUUGACCCUUACACCAUUCUUAGAACUGACAUUUAUAAUAGCGUCGUUAGGAGGUUUUCGAUGGUUACAAAACAAAUCCGUCCUGCAAAACCAGUAGCCCCAUUUGGCCUUUGUUUUAGCAUUACUUCCACCAACGUUACCAAAGCCAGUUCAAAAGUUCCGGAGAUCGAUUUCAAUCUCCAGGGUGGGAAGAAGUGGACUAUGUCUAGGGAGAACUCCAUCAAACAAGUAACAAAUGAUGUGGCGUGCCUUGCCUUUGUUGAUGGUGGUGCAACAAAUGAACCUGCUAUCGUGAUUGGGACAUUUCAGUUUGAAGAUAACUUUCUGGUGUUUGAUUUAGAGAAUUCGACUUUUGGGUUCAGUUCUUCGUUGUUGCAUAAGCAGACCUCUUGUGCAAACUUCAACUUUACCCUUACCCACGGUCCUUGA